AUGAGUGAUCCAGAACCCUGCAGAAUGAAACACACUGAAGAUACUGAAGAACAAAGAGACCUGAUGGAAGUGAAGGAGGAGAGUGAAGAACUGAGUGAAGUGGAGGAGAAACAUCAUGACAAAUCUGGAGAAAAACCUUUGAGUCGCUCAAAGACUAAAAAGACAUUUUUAAAGAAAAGAAGAGCCAAGAAAUCUACAACCUGCACUCAGUGUGGAAAGAGUUUCAAAUACAAAUGUCAUCUUGAGAUUCACAUGAGAGUUCACACUGGAGAGAAGCCGUUCACAUGUGAUCAGUGUGGGAAGAGCUUCACACGAAAAGUACAUCUUAAUAAUCACAUGACAGUUCACACAGGAGAGAAGCUGCACACAUGUGAUCAGUGUGGGAAGAGUUUCAGUCAAUCAUCAACCCUUAAAGAACACCUGAGAGUUCAUACGAAGGAGAAGCCAUAUUCAUGUUCUGUGUGUGGAAAGAGUUUUUCACUUUUGUCAUAUUUACAUAAACAUCAGAAAACACACACUGGUGUGAGAGAGUACAUGUGCUUUGAGUGUGAGAAGAUGUUUACUACAGCAAACAGUUUAAAACUGCACCAGAGAAUUCACUCUGGAGAAAAACCUUACAAGUGUUCACACUGUGACAAGAGAUUCAAUACGUCAUCAUAUCUGAAAACACAUGAGAGGAUCCACACUGGAGAGAAGCCGCACACGUGUGAUCAGUGUGGAAAGAGUUUCUGUACUAAAAGUGACCUGAAGAAACACAUGAAGAUCCAUGCAGUGGAGAAACCACAUCACCACAGCUGAGAAGAGACUCAGCCAAAUCUCUCCUCUCCACC